AUGCAAUACUUCUCUGGUGAAAGCCAAAUGUACACACAUUUUGAUUUAAUGAAUUCAAAUUUGUUCGAUACUGACUAUGCUGACCCAGAAACUCAUGAGCAAAUUGACAUCGAUGGCUUACUUCGGUCUACUUUGGAAGCAUUUGAGGAUAGCCAAGACUAUGUUGGGGAGCGCCUCCAGGAAAACUACGUGACAAAAAGCAGAAGGACAAGGAGGCCAAGCUACAGGGUAGCUAAACCAGAGCCAGCCAGGAGGAGAAAGGGAAGGAUCAUCAUCACCGAACAUACUAAUUUUGAGCUGCUUCCAGCCGAGCCAUGGAGGGUGGGCGCUUUUGUUCCAAGUAGUAUUGCAGACUCAGUCAACACAACAUUAGAUGCUGAAUUCAGGUUACUCAGCAAAUACAAAAGGAUGUAUAGGAUGAAUCUUUCAAUUCCUCCGAGUCCAAGGAGAAGAAGAGAGUCUAUCGACUUGAUAUGGAGACCACUUUCUGUUUUCAAGAUCUAUACCACCAUAUCACCAAAGGAGAUAUUAGAUACCAAUUACCUAGAAAUGAUUCCAUAUCAGUCUUGUUUCGGUCAGAUCAAUAUGAGAAUGAAGGGAGCUUGGAAAAGAAACAACAGUAUAUAG